AUGCCACCAUCAAUUAUCAACCCAUGUAUAGCGGCACUGGACUCCAUUCAUAUAGUACCUGCCAUAUUGCUAGUUCUUAUUGCUGUCAGUCAUAACUCCCAGCCCGACUUGAAUUACUUAGAGGUUGAGUCUGUUUUAUUGUCUCGCGAUACAUUACUGAAACUUGAACCUCCAGUUCUUUGGUGUCAUAUCAUGGAAUGUGGUCGCGCUUGCCAAAUUUCCGGGACCAAAGCUCGCCGCGUGCUCAUUGACUCCGAAGUAUUGGCACGAACAUCGCUGUCUUCUAGUAAUAUACCCACUAUUUAUUGGACCAGGUUGGUUCUAUCUCAUUCCCUCCUGAACAUUCAUGUUCAAGGACUCGGAACUGCUGACGCCUAUUUCGCAGCACGGGACAACUCCAUACAAAACUUCUGGAGUUGCAUAACAAGUAUGGGGAUGUUACCGGAGCUAUGGAAAGAUAUCUACGGGCAUCGCAAAGCAGGAGCAGAACCCUUUCUGAAAGAUCCUACUUUCUUUCCAGUAGGUCCAUAUGGAACAAACCUCCUUAAUUCGAAUGAUGAGGACCACGCCAGAGGAAGGGGACUUCUCUCGCAUGCCUUUUCAGAGAAAUCCCUACGAGAACAGGAAGAAUUGAUCCAAUCCUAUGCUGAUCUGCUCGUGAGUCGCCUAAAUGAAGAGAUGUUAACAUCAAGAAACAUUUUCGAUCUUUCCCGCUGGUACAACUAUACUACCUUUGAUAUUAUUGGCGACCUAGCAUAUGGAGAGCCAUUUGACUGCCUGAAGAACAGUGAAUAUCACCCUUGGGUCAGUAUGGUAUCCAGGACCUCCAAGGGAUCAGCACUUUUACGAGCAGCUUCGUUAUACCCUUGGCUGGCACCGGUAGUAAAAGCUUCACUGCCGCAAGAAACCAUGAGACUUAGAAGGGAGCAUAUGGAGCUAAAUGCUCAAAAGGCGCAAAGACGACUGGAUAGAAAGACUGAUAGACCCGAUUUUAUGACUGCUGUCUUGAAAAACGAACAUCAAAGCAUGUCUGGAAAUGAGUUGAAGGCGAAUGCGUCUCUCUUCAUUAUUGCGGGAAGUGAAACAACAGCCAGUCUGCUCUCUGGCUUCACAUAUGAUCUCUUGGAAAAUUCCAUUGCAUACCAAAAGCUGAAAAAGGAGGUGAGGGAAACGUUUCAAUCAUAUGAUGGGAUUACCUUCCACGCUGUCAGUACACUGCCGUAUUUGAAUGCUGCACUUGAAGAAGGGUUGCGUUGCUUUCCUCCGGUCGCUGGAAUUUUCCCACGAGUUGUACCAAAAGGCGGGUCAAUGAUUGAUGGGGAAUUUGUGCCAGAAGGGACCUCUGUGGCUGGUGCUCACCUUGCAACCUAUCAUGCCGAAUCCAAUUUCGCCGAGCCCGACUCCUUCAUACCGGAACGAUGGUUGGAAAACAAGGACAAGCGCUUUGAAUCCGAUGAUCUUGCGGCGUUCGCACCUUUCUCACUAGGGCCACGAAACUGCAUUGGAAAGAACCUUGCGUAUGCCGAGAUGAGGGUUAUUGCGGCGAAGAUGAUCUGGACCUUUGACAUGAGACUUGAUCCCAGCUCUACGGGAUGGAAUGAUCAGAGAAGCUUCAUUGUUUGGGAGAGGAAGCCCUUGAUGGUUCAUCUAUCCAAGGUCCUACAUUGA